ACCGAUCGCCCGUGCGUGCUCGCGUUCUGCGCCUGGGCCCGCUGCUCGCUGGACGCGCCGCCAGAGCCCGCGGAGCUGGGCGCCCACCUGGAGGACUACAUGAACGCUGAAGUCUUGCAGGGGGUGAAGAGCUGGCGGGGCGAGAAGCUCAUGGCCGGCUUGAUGUUCUUCCACCCAGACUAUGGCCGCCUGGGGGGGCUGCACCUGCCGCGGGCCAUGCGCUGCCUCGAGGGGUGGGAGAUGCUUUCGCCAUCUCGCUCUCGGAAGCCCUUGGUGUCUGCGAUCUGGGCGGCCAUGGCAGUGGAGCUGCGCCGGCUGGGAGCGCCUCUGGCGGGCGCGAUGGCGCUGAUCGUGGCGGAGUGUUACCUUCGGCCAGGAAAGAUGCUGGGUUUGACCGGCAAGUCGUUCUUGGCUCCGAACGAGCAUGCUGUCCAGAGCUGGGUUGCGCGGCUCGUCCCAGGGUCGGGCACGGCCCGGAGUAAGGAUUCGGGAAGGCGCCCCUGGAUGAGCCGCAUCUUGCGGGCCCUGAAGGACAUGGGCUCGUCAAGGCCCCUCCUGGGUUUGAGCAGCCCGCAGUUCCUGUGCCUCUUCCAGAGAGCGGCUCUGGAUAUCGGCGCCGAU